AUCAAUUGAGAUAUGUUUGGUUUGGUACGAGAAACAUAUCAUCCGACUCAAAGUUUGCGUGUCAAUAAGAAAAGCCAUCUCUUUUGGUAGAAGGGAGUGUGGUGUAAUGGUCCAUAAUGUGGCGGCCCAAGUUAAGCUAUGGUGCAAGGACACUAGCUUGUUCGUUUGAUUCGUGCGGACAAAUAAAAAACUUCCCCGCUUGAACUCCUUUUUUAGUUGCCUUGAGCGCGCGGUCGUCUUCCACCGGUCUCGUCGGGCGCCAACGAUAUCGCUACUCUCAAACUGCACGACCCCUUUCUACGAUGAUCAACGACCACGGACUUCCGUCAGGUCUUGUUCUCUCUCACACCGAAGCAAUUCGCUCCUUUCUCACCUCGGCGUCCAUAGAUUCACAACUUUCUGAUGAACUCCGGCAGAUUGCUUCAGAUCUCGCUUCACAACGCAACAUUCCGUAUAAGCUGCUGAGAGCUAUCUGGUUUGCUACGGAAUCGUCCACACGGCCGGACUUGCUCCGUCUUUUGGCUGGAUCAGAGUUCGUCUUUACAAGCCCUAAACCCAGGGAGAAGAGUGAGGAGUUAAAGGCUAGACUGAAGAAGCUUGCAGAUGUAGCAGAGAGGAAGGCCUAUCAGGAACUGGUGAAAGAUAUUGCACCUAAGAAACCAAUUGAUGAGCCUUUCUCUUCCUACAAGGAUCAGCUCGGAUUCGGUUUACAUGUCGUGUUGAUAAUGUUUACUGGCUAUCUUCUUGGGUAUGCUUUAUUCCGAGCAUUGUUUAGGCAUGAUCCAAUCAUGAGUGCCGCUGGAGGUAUCCUUGGACUAGUUUUUGGCAUGCUCGUAGAAACACUUCUUUUCAUCAUUCGAUCAUCCAAUUACGAUAAUCGGUCUUCAUCAUCUUCCCGUUCUAAGCUGAAGAAGAGUCAGUAGAGUUACUUCUCGAGGUUCGCCUUUCUUUAUACUUAAGCCAUGGCAUUCGUGCCUACAGUUUCUAAUAUAACCCAUUAAGUUACUUUUGCCCUGUGCUGUAGAUCCAAGCAUAAACAAGUAUAAUAACGAGGCCUUGUUAAUGAGCUUGCUUCAAUUUAUUUGUAUAAAGGCAUGUUCUUCACAUCAAGAGAAUUGAGAAGCAAAAUGUAAUGAUCGUCUUGUACUCUCUUCAGCAUAUGACUACAGAGAAAGGAAAGCACGAUCAUGCCCUUCAAAUAAUUGUCUUCUGGAAGAGAAACCUUAAUGUAAAGAUUUUUAUUUCAAAUAACAAUCCGUUUGAAAUUUGAAGGUAGCCUUUCGGUGUCCAUGAGAUCGGAUGUUACACGGUCGACAGCACUAGACAAGUUCUCCCUUGUUUGAAGAGCGUCUAACUAUACCGAUACAUACUUUUCGGUUCAGUUUGGUUUGGUUGCUUUUGCCAAAAAUUCAACCCAAGAUUUCGAUGCCCUCCUUCCUUCCUUCCAGAUACACACAAAUCAUGUAGAGAUAUUAAUUGAGUUCCAACUUGGAAAUUUGAUGUAUAAUGUUUUAACAAGUUAGCAAUUACUACAUCAAAUAAAAUUUCAAUGACGUGACAUUGAUAUUCUCACAAA